UCACUUUCUCCGCUCCGCCCAGCUGAAUCAAAUAUGGAUCCACGUCCCAUUCUCCUGGACACAAACUCCUAGUUCAAAACCAUAUGUUUCCACUUGCGUCGGUGACCGGUCAGGGAGGAAAGACCUCGGACCUAAGUGGACCGAUUGCCACGACUUGAAAUUGUAAACCGCAGUCACCGUUGGAACAAAACCCGUCUAUUUGUUGUUUGAACCAUGCGCCACUACGCGCCUUAUUAUCGGAAUUUUGCGUUGGUACUCUAACUCCAAAGGAUUGGCUGGACUGGUUGCAUGAGAUAACGCUGACAUAAACUACAUGCAGGUUAUUCACCAGAGCACCGUCAUCAUAAGUACUUCAAACCUUUAAGUUGAAACAUCCGUGCUUAUGUGCAAACGACAGAAUGGGAUGCUCAAGUUCUCAAACAAGUGCAAUGGAUCCGAAUCGACCGGCCGCUAAACACGAAGAGAGCAACGGAGCGAGCACCACAGGAGCAGCCAAUGAGAAGGGUCAGACGGCCGAGGACAGCGAGACCAUCCCUGACCAGACACCCGUCGGGGAGGGCGGGGCUAAACCAGACGACCCCCCAGCUGCGGCCCCAGCUGCGGCCCCAGCUGCGGCCCAGCCUGAAGAGGGGGCCGAAGUGGUAGGAGAGGCAGCGGCCCCCACCCCGGUGGUGAGGGUGGUCUCUGUAGAGGCUUCUCCUGCAGCUCCAGCGGAGGCAGCUAGCCCCGCGGAGGCCGCUAGCCCAGCGGAGGCAGCUAGCCCCACGGAGGCCGCUAGCUCCACAGAGGCAGCUAGCCCCGCGGAGGCCGCUAGCUCCACAGAGGCAGCUAGCCCCGCGGAGGCCGCUAGCUCCCCAGAGGCAGCUAGCCCCGCGGAGGCCGCUAGCUCCACAGAGGCAGCUAGCCCCGCGGAGGCCGCUAGCUCCGCAAAGGCCGCUAGUCCCGCAGAGCCCUCGGAGGCAGUGGCCCCAGAAGCAGCAGCAGCAGCAGCAGCAGCUCAAGGAAGUGCUGAGGCCCCGGCCGCUAGCCAAUCAGAGCCGAGUGUAGAGGAGACACCAGCACCCAGUGAGUGAAGGGCACCUAAGGUUGACGACCACAGCAAGGAAUUCCAACGAGACCGUUCCACCACGUAUUUCUGGGCAGAUGUGUGGGUGCGUGUUGUGUGAAUGUGUGUGUGAGUGGUCGGCUGUCUUAGUAAAGAGACAUUGCUUUUGUUGCCAAGAUGCGGACCCCGUGAUCAUUUCUUUCAGUCGGGGUUCUCUCCAUCACCACUGUGCCUUUUAUUUCCCUCUUCUGCUGACAGCGAUGUACUGGCAGGGAACAUAUGUACUACAGAGCUGCACGGUCACUUACUCAAACCCUGUAGUGACCGAACCCAAACGGCCGCCAUCUUUUAGCUUAGCGGACCUUACUUCUUAGUGUCUGCUUCCUGGUCGAAACCGGUCUGAACCAGUCGGACGCUAGUGCGACACAGUCUCCUCAAUAAUAAACAGCACUUAGUAGGUUUGUUCACUUUAAGAGAAUGGAAGGACUUGGGACUAGAUUCAUGAAUUGUUACUGCAAUCUAAAUUAACUAUUGAAAAGGAGAUCUCUGUGAAGAUCAUUUGGUAACACUUUACAAUACCGUUGUGGUACUAGCCUUUAGUUAAUGAUGAACUAUUGAUAGACAAACCAUGUAUUUAUGAGCCUUUAGUAAAUGAUGAACUAAUAAAAAUUAAACUAAUCAUUAACAAUAAUUAAUAUUCAUUUUUUGAUGAUUGAUACAUGCUAUUUUAAAAGGGACCCUAUAUUACCACCAGGUGUGAUAUUGAUAGCCGUUACAAGACAUGUUAGAAUCGACCCCUCUAGUGACAUAUGGAUCCAUGGAUAGAUCAGCCUGCCAGUUGGUACAGUCACCCAGAUAGGCUGGCAGGCUGAUUUAUCCAUCACACAUCUGGGUGGACACCUUUCCUCACAUGGCCAGUAAGGGUUAAGCAACAUCACACCUGGCAGACCGUGGCAGUAGAAUUGGAACCAUAGCACUUAUUAAUCAUCUACAAAUGUAUGUUAAUGUUCUUUAAAUGAUUAGUUCAUCAUUAACUCAAGGCUUAUAAAUGACUUGUGACUGAAUGUUAUUCUAAAGGGAUGCCGAUCAUUUUGAGGUUUGAACAAUGAAAACGCUUCAAUCUCCUCUCCAUUCCUCUGAGUGAAUAAAGCCAAAAUUGUUUAGGAUUAUACUAUAUAUAUAUAUUUUUUUUUGGCAUCUGUCGCUUAUUCUAUGACCCCCCCAAAAAAGAAGCUAAACAUACAACGGACUAAUCACACUGUAUGCGUCUAUACUUAAAGGUACAUAUUAUACCACCGUGUGAGUGUGAUUAGCCGUUACAAGCCGUUUUGAAAGUCUGCCUCUUCUGACAUCACAAGUGGGCGUGUCCACCUAGAUGUAUGACGGAUAGAUGAGCAACGUUUGCUACAGUCCACUGGGUAGGCUGGUAGACCGAUCUAUCCAGCACACAUCUAGGUGGACACGCCCACUAGUGAUGUCAGAAGAGGCAGAUUUUUCAAAACAGCUUGUACCGGCUAAUCACACUCACACCUGGCGGUAGAAUAUGUCACCUUUAACUUCCAUGAGCUUAACCAAAUCCUCCUUAUUGCGCAAUAUGCAUAAAACAAAGCCAAACUUUUCAUAAGGUUUGUUCAACGGCUUCUGUAGUGUGGUUUGAAGUUUGGGUCUGAGGACGCAUGGAGACACAUGAGGCGCUGCAUCUCACCCAGGCCACCAUGAGAUAAGAGUGAGCAUUCAAAGUCACUUUUAUUUAUGAUUGUCGUGUUGUUCCGCGAGAAACGCAGUCAAAUGUCACUUCACGUGUCAUAAAUCACACCACGAAAGAGGCUGUAUCCAAAGACUCCCAAUUAAUCGCUAUAUAUUUUCUCAAAAUAAAGCGCUUUUUAAGCAGUACAAGCAAA